AGCCCGGGCACAUUUUGGCGUUGCACUGGCUUUGUUUUCCUCACAGCGGCUAGUCGAAGCUAACAAACGUCAGCGUCACAGGGAUAUAUUUAUUAAAGCGACUAAUAUAAGUUUGAGAGAAGUCAGAAUGAAACCUGCCGUGGACGAAAUGUUUCCGGAAGGAGCUGGACCGUACGUGGAUCUAGACGAGGCAGGGGGCAGCAGCGGCCUUUUAAUGGACCUGGCAGCCAAUGAAAAGGCGGUUCACUUGGACUUCUUCAAUGACUUUGAGGAUCUUUUCGACGACGACGACCUGCAGUGACCCUGCACCGUCCACACACACGCACACCUGCAUGCGUCUGUGUAUAAUGUACAUAUGAAACAUGUCACUCGCAAAUAAAGCUUUAUUUUAACGCAAAAAGAAGCGGCAUGGAA